CCCGGCAGCUCACGCAAGAGCGAGAACUCGGCCGCUCACCUGCAGAGACCAGACAGCUCCGUCUAGACCAAGAAAGGAUGGACAGCGGAUGCAGCUGCUCGUCCGGCAGGGACAGGCUCCUGAAUCCCAUCCUCUACAACAUCCUGAGUCAAAUGGAGAGCGGCGGGCCGGGCCAGGACGCCCUCGGCAACAACUCGGCCCCCCACAGGUGCAACUGCGAGGUGCGGCGGACGGUGUGUUUGGUCCGACCCUCGGAGGUCUGCAAGGAGGCCUCGGCGGUCCUGGUCAAAACCGUCCGCUUCAUGAGAAACCUGCCGGCGUUCAACCAGCUGCCGCCGGGCGACCAGUACGCUCUGCUCAAGAGCUGCUGGGCGCCGCUCUUCAUCCUGGGUCUGGCCCAGGAGCGCGUGGACUUCGACGUGACGGACGUCCCCGCCGACAGCAUGCUGAAGAAGAUCCUGCUGAACCGGCAGGAGAGGCCCGAGGCGGAGAAGGAGCAGCCCACCAUGGCCGGCGUCAGCAAACUCAAGUGCUGCCUGAAAAAGUUUUGGAGUUUGGAUUUGAGCCCGAAGGAGUACGCGUAUCUGAAAGGGACCACGAUAUUUAACCCAGACGUAGCAGAGUUACAAGCAGGCCUGUUCGUAGAAGGACUGCAGCAGGAAGCGCAGCAUGCCCUGAGCGAGGUGGUCCAGCUCCUUCAUCCCGGCCGCCCGGAGCGCUUUGCUCGGAUUCUCCUCACAGCCUCCAUGCUUCAGGGCGUCACGCCCAGCCUCAUCACUGAGCUGUUCUUCCGGCCCGUGAUUGGCCAGGCCAACCUGCUGGAGCUGCUGCUCGACAUGCUCUUCUGCAGAAACCCGUGACGGUUCCCGAGACACCGGAGAAAGUUCAGGCUGGCAAAAGGGAUCAUCGGUUUGUUUUUAUUACGCCCCCUGCAGUGCUGUCCCAAAAAAUAGACCAAAGAACGUAUUAUUAUUUUUUUUUUAAACAUUAAAGACGCUGAGGUGACUUUAGCCCAGACUGAGCAGAAAUCCUCCACUAAGAAGAAAGCGUUGUCCUUCCACAGACUGUGCCUUUCUGUCAGCUUACUUGAUCUUUUCUGUUGUUUUGUUGUUUUAUAUAAAUGUCGUUUGCUUCGAGUGACGACUUCAAAUAAAUAUAUUUUUGUACAUGAA